AUGGCUUCCUCAGUUAUUGCUACGGCUACCUCCAUGGCCACCUCUACAACCGCGUCGGCUACAUUUGUCUCGUCCGCGCCACCAACACCUUAUAGCGAAGAUGGCUCCGGUGGAGAGUGCUCAUUACUGGGCUCCUUUGCUCUCGUCGUACAAGGCGCUCUCGGCGCUCUGGCGUUGCUCUCUCUCGUGUACAAACGAUGGAGAGAACGUCCUCAGCGACCUCUAAAGAUCUGGUUUUUCGAUGUCUCCAAGCAGGUCUUUGGUUCUGUGCUUGUGCACAUCGCCAAUAUCUUCAUGUCCAUGUUGACAAGCGGUCGCUUUUCGGUUCAGGUCGACCCGUCAGCAGCAGCCGUUACUGCGCGUUCCGAUGACGACUACGCUCCCAACCCAUGCUCUUUCUACCUCCUCAAUCUCGCCAUCGAUACCACCCUCGGUAUCCCCAUCCUUAUCAUUCUUCUCAAGGUUCUGACUGGUCUCGUCCGUUACACGCCCGUCGGCCAACCUCCCGAAUCUGUCCAGUCAGGAAACUAUGGUAGUCCGCCCAAUGUUGUAUGGUGGUUGAAACAAUCCGUCAUCUACUUCUGUGGUCUAUUUGGCAUGAAAGUUUGCGUCCUCAUCAUCUUCAUCAUGAUGCCCUGGAUCUCCAAAGCCGGUGACUGGGCGCUUGGCUGGACAGAAGGCAAUGAGAAGCUGCAGAUCGCGUUCGUAAUGAUGAUCUUCCCUCUUAUCAUGAAUGCUCUGCAGUACUAUAUUAUCGACUCCUUCAUCAAGCUCAAGGACACGGACUACGAAAAUGUCAACGCCGACGAAUCUGACGAGGAGGUUCGACGCAGGAGAUAUGACGAUAGCGAGGAUGAGAUUGCGCGCGCCAGACUGGUCGAUUCGGAGCACGAGACUGAUAGCGAGUCGGACGACGAGGUCGAUAAGCCCGCCGCGCGUUCUGGGCAUCCUUCUCGCCAACCCAACACCAAAAAUUCUGGGGAAUAUGAUCCUGAACGCGAUGGUGACGAUCGGACGAUCAUAGGAAGCAGCUCGAGUGGCCGAGGUCCAAAGGACAAGCUAACAGCGAGAUCUAUGCUUAAAUUGCCUGUGGGCAUCUCGCCAAAUGGCGAGAACAAGAAGUACAUCAUUGGGUUCCCAACCAAAACCGACAGAGGAUCCGGACCCGUAUCCUAA